AUGUCCGACAUUAUCACAAUCAAGGCGCUUCUAUCUCUAGCUCGAUCCCCGGACAUCAAUGUUCAUCUCUCUGUUGAAACAUCUUAUGGCCUAGUUGUUGAAUUUAAGACAGGCGAAGGCCUCUCUGUACAUCUCAAAGAAAGCACAGGAGCGCCGGAGCAUCAUAAGACCGCCGAAGAAGUUAAAGCACCGCCGAAACCGCUUCUCGAAUCAGGAACUUUGGCGCAGCCGGAACCACCAUCAGAACCAGAACCACAAUCACGGCUAGAAACUCGACCGGAGCCCAAUAAGAAUGUACGACACGGAAACUCAAAGCCCGGAUACAGCUACGCGAUCGACCCAGACUAUGGAACGUCCUUCCUCUGGUAUAGCCAAGGGCACCCCGGCAACCCUGAGGGUGAAUUCCACAUCGAGCUCGAAGCAGUGAAGGAUCGGUACUCCGCUUCCUGGUGCAACGCCUUUCGCGAGUGGGGAGAAAGGUACAGCAAAGCUUUCAAGGCUCAAGAGUGCGACCUUGGAUCCGGCAACAGCGUCUUCCCCGCCGUCGAGGAAAGGCGAAACUGGGAUGCGGAGGGGGCGUUUCUGGGGGCUUGGCUGGCUUUACAGGAUGGGGUUGAUAAUGUCACAUACCAGCCGAUUGAGGAGGAGUUCGUACUGCGGCGUGAUGGCAUCGAAACGGUGUUGGGUCAGAUAUUAGCCGAUAUCAGUGCACACUAG